CUGAAAUAUUUGGUGUUUAUUCCUUUCAACUUUAAUUUGGCUAAAUGUUAAUGAUAAUGAAUUCAGUGGUCGAGUAUAUUUAUUUUGUUUUGUUUGAACAUUGACAAACAAUUGCCUACUCUUUUGUCCUAUUUACUGAUACAAUGCUGUAGCAAUUAGAGUUAAUAUUUACAUACGAUAUGAAAAAUUGUUAGAGAAUGCUAACUGUUGGAGGUUCCCCUUGAGGGCUAUUAUGAGCUUUGUGGAUUACCAUGAGCAUCACUAUUCAGAACUCUGUCUGCUAGAUCAAGAUGAUGCAAGGGGAGAGCAGAAACAAUUAGUAAGGGAGAUAGGUGAUAUAAUAUAUGAAAGAUCAUAGGGGAGGAAGUGCCCUCUGGGACAAAAUUCCUUCUCCUUUAGAGAGGCAUCCAAAUCUCUUUUAGGGAAUAGACUAAAUCAUGGGGCAUAGGUAGUGACUUUCACAUUUCACUACUGACAUCUUGACCUCCCUUUGUCAUAGAGGUGUGCCAUUAUGAUUGGUGUGAUCUAAUUAUCUUCAAUGAUUUGGUCCAACAACAUAUCCCUCUCAUACUACUAAUUGGUUGAGGAAAUUGUUGCCCAGGAGAACAUGCAUCCUCUAAGGAUCCUAAGGGAGGUUCUCAGGUUUCUGUUAAUACCUGCAGCAUCCCAGCCUGCGGAGAAUUUGGCUGAAGCAGGAGUUCCAUUCACCAAUUGAGAUUGCACUUGAGCAUUAUCCUACAUAUGUAAACUUGAGUUUUGUAACAAAGAAUUUGCCCAAAUGUGUAAAGAAAAUGACAUUCUUAGGCAUUUAACGGUCAUGGGAAACCCUAAGCAAAAUGGCCUAGCUGAGAGAAUGAAUAGGACCCUUUUAGAAAGGGUGAGAUGCAUGUUAAUAGCUGCCUAUGUAGUUAAUAGGUCACCUUCGGCUGCAAUAGGGUUUAAAACACCCUAUGAAGUAUGGAAUGGCCAUAAGCCAAGCUUAGAGCAUCUAAGGGUAUUUGGCUGCAUUGCUCAUACACAUGUUAAGCAAGGGAAAUGUUAGGACCCUGGGCAUAAUUGUAAUAAAUGCUGGGGUAGUUAAAUAACUAAUGGGCACGGAGUUGUAAUUGGAGGGAAGGCACUAGGAGAGCUACACCUAAUAAGUAGGCUAUUGUAGAAGUAAUAAUCAGUUUUGGAUUGAAUAACAAACUCUCCCGCCUCUCCAUUCUCUCUCUCUCCUCUUUCUCUCUCUCCUUCUCUUUCUGUUUUAGACGGAAAUUCCUUUUGGAAUUUCAGCCAUUGUCAAACCCUAAUUCAAGGGCUUGACAAUUUGGUAUCAGAGCGGUGGGUCCUUGGUGGCUCUCCUGUGAGGGAAUUGUGGGUGGAAGUCCGACGUGCUACGUGGCGGAAGUCACUCGUCUCAAACAAAUGGAGUCACGUAUGGAGGCCUUGGAGGCGAGCAUGACAUGCGUACAGGAGGACGUGGCGGCCAAUAGGGAUGAUGCUGUGGCCAUUCGGGACAACAUCAAAGAGCUGGAACGAGGCCAAGAAAGGCCCGAUUUUUACAUCCAAAAGAUCGACAAUAUGUUCAGUAUGCUGGUAGCGUUGCCACAAUUCAAAUUAGCUGGAGAAUUUCCUCCAAGAUUGGGAAUCGAGUCAAUCUUGGAGAGGGAUGGAAUCUUGCCUAGGCCGAAGGGAAUUAGAAUGUCGGACGAGCGAGGAGUCUAUGAACGCGAAUUGCAGGGUAGGAACAUGGGGUUGGCAAACCACAGCCACACGCCCGUGCUAAGAUUGGAUAUUCCGAUCUUCGAAGGGGAAAAGUUGAGAUGGUGGGUUCGCCGCUGUGAACGGUUCUUUGAAUUGUACCGCAUAGGGGAGGAGCAGAAGGUGCUGAUGGCGGCGGCAUACCUCAACGAUGUUGCUGACGCCUGGUAUCAGAAUUGGAGGCAGUCAGAAGGGCCACGGGUGUCGUGGGGAACUUUUGCAGAGGAAUUGUGUGGCCGGUUCGGAGAAAAGCUUUCACAGAGGAAUGGUGGGUUCGCCGACGCCGGUUCGCAGAGGAAUUGUCGUGGGGAACUUUUGCACUUGGGAAGUAGUGUUCAAGAAGAACGGGUCAUGGAAUCACUCAGGAGCAUAGCAAGGAAGGGGUAUAAGCUUUCAUGCAGGAGAGCAUCCGAGGUCAGCAAUGGGAGUGGUUGGCCAAGGAGGACCCAAGAAUAGUAUGAAUGCGGGAAGUACUAAGAAUGUAACAAUGGAACAAAGGCGACAGCUGGGUUUAUGCUUCAAGUGCGGUGAAAAAUACAGCCCUGGACAUCAAUGCCGAAGAUUGAUGUUGAAGAUGGAAGGGUUAGGAGAGGACGAUGAAGUAGAGGAGGAGUUGUUGGAAGAAGUCAUGGAGGAGGAGCAUAUAGGAGAAGAAGGUCACGGAGAUGAGGGCGACCAGAUCUCCUUUCAUGCCUUAAAAGGUGGCUCCACUAGAAGGAUUAUCUAGGUGAAAGGCCAGGUGGGAAAGAAGAGAUUAGCGGUGUUAAUUGACAGCGACAACACUCAUAGCUUCCUAAGUAAACCUACUGCCACAGGCCUCAAUUGUAAGAUGCCAGAAACGAUUCCCCUAUCUGUGACCGUAGCAAAUGGUAAUAAGAUGUAUAGCCACCACAAGUGCUGUAAUUUUACUUGGGUCAUGCAAGGAGUGGAGUUUGUGGCCGAUCUUAGAGUGCUGGAGUUAGGGGGAUGUGAUAGUUUUGGGGGUCGAUUGGAUGAAAACCAUCAGUUCGUUAACAUUUGACUUUAAUAAGUUGGAGGUUACAGUAGAGGUUGAAGGGAAAAAGCUGACUCUAGUAGGAAAUUUGGAACAAGGAGAAUGCAAGCUAAUUUCAGGAAGGAGAUUACAUAAAUUGAUGCAGAAGGACAGUGGAUAGAUCACCCAUCUGUAUUCCCUAAGAGGUGUGGAGGUGGAGGACCAGACAGUCAAUAUGGAGGCUGAACUGAACUUACUGUUGAAUGAGGUAACCACUUGUGACAAUUUGCACUUAUUAUUGACUGAAUUUAAGGACUUAUUCUUGGAACCCACAUCCCUACCACCCCAAAGACCUUUUGACCAUGCCAUACACAUUAAACCCAAUGCUGAACCUGUAAAUGUCUGUUCCUAUCGUUAUGCACUAGUGCAGAAGACUGAAAUUGAGAACCAAGUCAAAGAUAUGUUGGCCCAUUCCCUAAUUCAACCCAACCACUGUCUUUAUACUUUACCAGUGCUCCUUGUUAAACAAAAGGAUGGCACUUGGCAUUUCUGUGUGGACUAUAGACAGUUAAAUUCCAUCACCAUUAAAAACAAAUUUCCUAUUUCCAUCAUUGAGGAUUUGCUUGAUGAACUCAAUGGUGCAGCCAUCUUUUCGAAAUUAGACAUUUGAGCUGGGUACCAUCAAAUCAGGAUGCACCCAUCUGACAUACCUAAGACAACAUUCCGUACACAUUAAGGCCUUUAUGAAUUUACCGUGAUGUCUUUCGGCCUCACUAAUGCUCCCGCCACAUUCCAGUCCUUAAUGAACCACAUAUUCAACUCUUAUUUGCGGAAAUUUAUAUUGGUUUUCUUUGACGAUAUACUUGUCUACAACCCAAAUUUGGACCAGCACUUAGCCCACCUUCGAACAACCUUUGAAGUCCUUAGGUUUAAUCAAUUAUAUGUCAAGUUGUCUAAGUGUACAUUUGCUAAGAAAGAGGGGGAAUACCUAGGCCAUAUUAUUUCUAAACAGGGAGUCAGCACUGACUCAAAGAAGAUAGAAGCGAUGGUGAGUUGGCCAAGACUUGCAACUGUUAAAGAGUUGAGGGGGUUUCUAGGACUGAUUGGAUAUUACAGAAAAUUUGUCUAAAAUUAUGGGAUAAUCAGUCGGCCUUUAAUGGAGUUGUUGCGUAAAGAUAAUUUCCAUUGGAAUCCUAGAGUUGAGGUAGCUUUUGGAGCUCUUAAAAAAGCCAUGACUCAAUCGCCAAUGUUGGCAUUACUAGAUUUUUCAAAGACCUUUGUGGUGGAAACUAAUGCAUGUGACAGUGGGGUGGGGGUGGUGCUGAUGCAAGAGGGGCGGCCAUUGGCUUACGUUAGUCAAGGGCUGGCUUCUAAACAUUUGGGGUUGAGUGUAUAUGAUAAGGAGCUAAUUGCAAUGUUGGUGGCAGUAGAUAGGUGGCGACACUACUAGGAAAACAAUCCUUUUAUAAUCCGCACCGACUAUGAGAGUUUACAGUUCUUACUUCAGCAAAGACUGCACACCCAUUUGCAAAGGAAAGGGAUCUCGAAACUCCUAGGAUUGGACUAUACAAUUCAGUACAGGAAAGGGAAGGAGAAUAUGGUGGCGGAUGCUUUAUCAAGAAGAGAAGAAAAGGGGUCUUGUAAGGUUGUCACAGUUGUAACUUCGGAGUGGAUAAAAGAGAUUGUGGACAACUAUGUUAAUACAGCCUGAUUGUAGGAGUUACUGCCUUAACUGGCUGUCCAUCCCCAUAAUCAAAAUGGCUAUACACUAACCAAUGGAGUCAUUCGCUACAAGGGAAAAAUUGUGAUUGGAAAUGAUGAGUAGCUGAAAAUAAGAAUCAUGCAAGCCAUGCAUGAUUCAACCGUAAGGGGGCAUUCAGGGGUGCAAGCAACUUAUCAUUGAAUCGAGGGGUUUUUCUAUUGGCCAGGGCUCAAAAGGGAGGUGGUAAAAUAUGUAUUGCAGUGUGAAAUUUGCCAGCAUUGUAAACAUGAAACUAUGAUCGUGCCGGGUUAUAACAGCCACUUCCCAUACCGGAGCAAGCGUGGGAAGAUAUUUCGAUGGAUUUCAUCAAAGGGUUACCUAAGUCUGAGGCUAAAGAUACAAUUUUGGUGAUUGUCGAUAGGUUGACUAAAUUUGCCCAUUUCAUAAGCCUCACACACCUUUUUUCAGCUUCGGAGGUGGCCAGGGUGUUCUUGGAUUUAGUAGGGAAGUUCCAUGGAAUUCCCUAGAGGGUGGUGUCAGAUAGGAAUAAAAUAUUUACAAGCUCCUUUUGGCAGGAACUAUUCAGGAGUAUGGGCGUGGGGCUACACUUUUCAAUGGCUUAUCACCCGAAGACGGAUGGGCAAACGGAACGUGUGAAUCAAUGUCUGGAAGGUUAUCUUCGAUGCAUGUGUUUUGCGAGGCCUAAGAGUUGACAUAAGUGGUUAUCUCUAGCCCAGUGGUGGUAUGAUUCCACCUAUCAUAAGCACUCCCCUUUUGAAGCUCUGUUUGGGUAUUGUUCACCCCUACCACCAACUACUACAGGAACCUCAACUACUUUGGCUGAUGUGGAGCACUACUUUCAGGACCGGAGAGAGGUUUUGGCUGAAUUAAAGAGAGCUCUUAACAGCUCGAAAUCAUAUGGAACAGUUUGCUAAUAAAAGGAGAAGUGCUGGAACUUUUGCAGUAGGAGAUCAGGAGUUCCUUAAGGUGAAGCGUUUUCUACAGCCUGCUUUCACCAAGAGUGCUGUGUCUAAGUUUGGGCCAAAACAUUUUGGACUCUAUACUAUAUUGGCUAAGAUCUGUGAGGUGGCAUAUAGGCUGCAAUUACCUGCAGAAGUUAAGAUUCACCCCGUAUUUCAUGUGUCAUUAUUGAAGAAGGCAAUCAGACCUCAUGUGCCAGUUAGACCUCAUGUGAAUCUGAAGUGGAAGUCAACUCGAUAUUGCCAACUAUUGAAGAGGAAGAAGUAGCAGUUGAACCCCAGGCUGUGGUGGACAGAAGAGUGAUAUAUCAGGGUACAACCCCUAUUACGCAAGUAUUGAUUCGGUGGUCUCACCUGCCUCCUAACUAGCCUACUUGGGAGUACUUAUCAGAUGUACUGAAGAAAUUUCCCCGCGUUAUCAGUCUUCUUUGACAUUCUUGAGGACAAGAAGUAUGUCAUGGAGGGGGGAAUUUGUUAGGACCCGGGGCAUAAUUGUAAUAAAUGCUUGGGUAGUUAAAUAACUAAUGGGCAGGGAGUUGUAAUUGGAGGGAAGGCACUAGGAGAGCUACGCCUAAUAAGUAGGCUGUUGUAGAAGUAACAAUCAGUUUUGGAUUGAAUAACAAACUCUCCUGCCUCUUCAUUCUCUCUCUCUCUUUUUCCUCUUUCUCUCUCUCCUUCUCUUCUUAUCUUUCUGUUUUAGACGGAAAUUCUUUUCGGAAUUUCAGCCAUUGUCAAACCCUAAUUCAAGGGCUUGACAGGAAAUUGGAGCCUAGAGCCAAGAGGUGUCUAUUUAUAGGUUAUCCAAAUGGGGUUAAGGGAUAUAAGUUAUGGGCCCUAGAAGAAGGAUUGCCAAGGACUUUGGUGAGUAGGGAUGUGACUUUCAGUGAGAAUUCUUUCUUAAAGGAUGAUAAGGUAGUUUUUCAAAAGGAUAGGAAAGAAAAAGGAAGGCUGUUGAGAUGGAACAGCAAGUCCAGGAUGUUGCCAUGGAUAAUCCCAUGGAUUUGGCACCAGAUCUGCACACUGACAGUGCUGAUUAUCCUAUGUCAAUGGACCACCAUGAUGCUGAUCCUGAUUCCCCUACCUUAGAGAGCUUUCAGCAAAGUGGCAGUGAUGAUCCCUCAAGUUCUGAGAGGUCCCAGCCUUCUGGUAGUGCUGGACCUUCAGGUUCGGCUAGUUCCCCUAGUGUAGGAAGGUACAAUGUGGCAAGGGAUAGGCAAAGGAGGGAGGUUAGACCUCCUAUAAGGUAUGGGUAUUCUGAUUUAGUCUCACAUGCACUGUUAAGUGCAGAGGUGACAGCUGGAGAUGAACCUCUUUCAUAUGAAGAGGCUAUGAGAUCAAAGGAUUUCAAGUUAUGGUUGGUAGCAAGGGGAUUCACCCAAGUUGUUGGGGUGGAUUUUAAUGAGGUGUUCUCACCGGUAGUGAGACAUACCUCAAUUAGAAUCUUGCUUGCUAUGAAUGCCCAUUUAGACUUUAGCCUAGAGUAAAUGGAUGUGACCACUGCAUUCCUUCAUGGUGAGUUAGAAGAGGACAUUCUAAUGGAUCAACCUAAGGGAUUUGAGAUUAGGGGUAAGAAGGAGCAAGUAUGCUUGCUAAAGAAGUCCUUAUACGGACUUAAACAAUCCCUUAGAUAGUGGUAUCGAAAAUUUGAUACAUUCACGAUCAACCAAGGCUUCAAGAGAAGUGCCUUUGAUUGUUGUUGCUAUGUUGAGCAUAUUUCAUUUAAAAUCUCUAUCUAUCUUCUUCUUUAUGUGGAUGACAUGUUGAUUGCUAGUCAAUUAGAUGAGGAAAUUCAUAGGUUAAAGCUGCAAUUAAAUUCAGUUUUUGAGAUGAAGGAGCUAGGGGAAGCUAGAAAGAUUUUAGGGAUUGAAAUAGUAAGGAAUAGACAAGAGAGGUUAAUCUAGUUAUCCCAAAAGGCAUACCUAGAGAAAUUGAUUAAGAAGUUUCAAAUGCAUGAUGCAAAGGAGGUUAAUGUUCCCUUUGCACAACAUUUUAAGCUAUCUCACAACCAAUCACCUAGUGAUAAAGAGAGCAUAAAAGAAAUGAGCAAGAUACCCUACUCUAGUGCUGUAGGAAGCCUCAUGUAUUGUAUGGUGUGUACUGGGCCGGAUUUAGCUCAUGCUAUGAGUGUUGCUAGUAGGUUUAUGGCUAAUCUGGGUAAGGAGCAUUGGGUUGCUGUUAAGUGGAUAUUUAGGUACCUUAAAGGAUCAAUAAACAUGACUUUAGUUUAUGGUGGAGCUAGUGUAAAAAACGAGCCUAAUAUAUAGGAUUCACUGAUGUUGACUAUGCAACAGAUUUAGAUAGAAAGAGGUCAUCUACCGGGUAUGUAUUUAAGCUAUGGAAUGCUACCAUAAGCUGGAAAACAAAUUAGCAAUCGGUAGUGGCUCUCUCAACUACCGAGGCUGAGUAUGUAACGGUUAUAGAAGCUAUGAAGGAGAGCCUAUGGUUGAGAGGUUUAGUAAGUGCACUCCUAGGAAGAAAGGUUAAGGCAAUCCUAAAGUGUGAUAGCCAAAGUGCUAUAUACUUGGCUAAAAAUCAAGCACAUUACGAAAUAACUAAGCAUAUUGAUGUUAGGUAUCACUUUAUCAGAUAAGUACUUGAAAGAAAGGAAAUAGAUUUGAUAAAGGUAGCAGGAGAAGAAAAUGCUGCAGAUAUGUUUACUAAAGCAGUACCAAUGUCAAAAUAAUAUUAUUGUUUGAG